CACAGAGAAGCCCGGAUAGUGGUAGAGCGCCGUGUCGCGCUCAUGUGACGUCACGACAGCGUCCAGCUCUGUAGGUUUUCCCCGCCCAUUUCAACCCAUUUCUCUCUUUCCGGACCUGGCCGAGAGGGUGUCGCCAUCAUGGGAGUCGAUAUUCGCCACAACAAGGACCGAAAGGUUCGUCGCAAGGAGCCCAAGAGCCAGGACAUUUACCUAAGGCUGUUGGUCAAGCUGUACAGGUUUCUAGCCAGACGAACCAAUUCUACCUUCAACCAGGUUGUGCUAAAGAGGUUGUUUAUGAGUCGUACCAAUCGGCCACCACUGUCUCUUUCCCGGAUGAUCCGGAAGAUGAAACUUCCUGGCCGGGAAAACAAAACAGCUGUGGUUGUGGGGACCAUAACAGAUGAUGUGCGGGUUCAGGAAGUGCCCAAACUGAAGGUGUGUGCUUUGCGCGUGAGCAGCCGGGCCCGCACCCGUAUCCUCAAGGCUGGGGGCAAGAUCCUCACCUUCGACCAGUUGGCCCUGGACUCCCCCAAAGGCCGUGGCACUGUCCUGCUUUCCGGUCCUCGCAAGGGCCGGGAGGUGUACCGGCAUUUUGGCAAGGCCCCAGGAACCCCGCACAGUCAUACCAAACCCUAUGUCCGUUCCAAGGGCCGGAAGUUCGAGCGUGCCAGAGGCCGACGGGCCAGCCGAGGCUACAAAAACUAACCCUGAAACCUACUGUUCUAUUAAAAAGAUUUUGGAUG